AUAGUCAAAAAUCGACUAGUGUAUCCCUACAAAGUUUGUCAUCUGUUGUCUUAGUUUUUGUUUUUAUUAUCAUUAAAAAAUUAAAACAUUAAAUAUGAAUAUAUCUAAAGCCACAGGCGAACAAAAAUUGCAAUUGUGUCGUACUUACUUUCGUGCUGGAUUUGCAUUGUUGCCAUUUCUGUGGUCGGUGAAUUUCUUUUGGUUCUUCAAGGAGGCGUUUGGCAGAAACUCAUAUGCGGAACAAAAACAAAUCAAACAAUACGUCAUAUAUUCAGGAAUUGGAACAUUUAUUUGGACGGUGGCUUUAACAGCAUGGAUUAUUAUAUUCCAAACACAACGAGCACAGUGGGGAGCGACGGCUGACUAUAUGAGUUUUAUUAUUCCCCUGGGGAAACCUUAAUUUAGCAUAAUAAACAUGACAUAUUCCAUUUUAUCUCAUUAAAAUUGUAAAAUAAGUUGAUGUAAGUAUUAAUAAAGGAUGAACAUUGAGUCUUUUUCAACAAG